AUGGCGGACGUCCAUCAAGAUUUGGCUUCGAUUGUAAACAAAUUAAAUGAUACAGAAGUUCGACGAGAUGUUCGCCUUGUUCGUUCACAUAUUUAUGAGAUCCUGGCAUUGGCUACAAAUGGAGGUGAUGUUACUGCAGCCUUGCCAACUGUUGUCAAGCUGCUAGCUCAUACUGACAUAUUUGUGAAACGUGUUGUGGGAGAAUUGAUGGCCAUUUAUGCAGAACAAGUGCCAGAGAUGGUUCUACUUGCUACUAACACGCUUGUACAGGAUUGUCAAGAUGUGAAUCCACUUGUGCGUGGACAUGGUCUUCGAGUUCUUGCAUCUCUGCAAUCUCACUCAACAGUGGAGAUGCUGACCUCAGCUGUCUGUGCUGGACUGGAAGAUAGCAGCCCAUAUGUUAGAAGAUCUGCAGCUUUGGCAUCUGUCAGUCUGCACCGUGUGUCACCAGCAUCUGUCACAGAGGGAAGAAUAUGGGAUCUGCUUUAUACUCACUUGAGUGAUUCUGAUUCUGCAACAGUUGCCAGUUGUCUGUGUGCAUUAGAAGAAAUUUUUGCUAAAGAAAAGGGUAUUGUAAUUUCAAAUAAACUGGGACAUUACCUAAUCAGUAAAUUGGCUUUAUUCACUCCUACAGUUCAAAGAUUUGUUUUACAGUUUUUGUUAAAACAUUCACCAAAAUCAAAAGUACAGAUGUUUGAUCAUUUGAAUGACCUUGAUGAAAGUUUGUCAAAAAGUAGUUCUUUAGCGACAACACUCUGCAGUCUGGAGUUGUUUUGUCACCUAGCCAGUGAUUUAAGUAAAGUAAGAUCAAAAGCAUAUUCAAAUGCCUGGUUGGCUAUUAAAACAAAUUUGGCACGUGAACGUAGUGAAGAAGUGGUAACAGCUGUGAUUGACUAUCUGUGUACUACAGGAUUUCCUGUUGAUGUUCUGGUUCAAGAUUAUACCAAGUUUUUUUGCCGAGAUGAUGAGAGUAUCUUCCUGAUUAGGCAGAAGAUACGGAUGUUGUCGAGGUUAAUUACCCCAGACAAUGCUGAAAGCAUUCUAGAGGAACUGGCAAGAAGUGCCAGGCAUUUAUGUUCGGGAACCCUCCGAGAAAUGGUUGAGAGUGUGGUUGAGGCCAUGAGCAUGAAACCUGAAAUAGAGGAAUCUUGUGUUGUCUUCUUCAAGAAGCUGCUCCAGCUUGGCAAUGCUGAUUUUCUUGAUUGUGUCAUACAGCUGUUGCCUACAGUAACUUUCUCAAACAGUCAGCACUGGUUAACCCUGGCUCCGUGCAUACAAGACAAUUAUCAGCAGAUUCAGUCAGUCUCUGGCAAGGUGGCGCUGCUGGAAAUUAUUCGAGCACAUGGCAGUUUGCUGAGGAAUGCCCCAGAAAUACUUGAGCAGAUGUUAUGGGAACAGGAGGAGAAAGAUUCAGACAAGGAAGAACAUAUGCAGAAGAGAGAUGUCAGCAGUCAUCACACCCAACAAAGGCAUCAUUCGGACAGUCAGAAGCUGAAGCUGACCUUAUUAGGGGCCAUGGUGAAGAUGUGUUUUGAACACCCCGGGAAGCUUCAGCCACUGCUGGCUAAACUAAUGGAGCAGUGCAUCAAAGAUGAGAAUAGACAUGUGAGGGAUAGAGCUCUUUUCUUGUAUGGUUACCUGUUAGGGAGAGUGAAACGAGAGGCCAACAGCAGUUUAAUAUGCUUGUAA